AUGAAUCAUAUUUAUUCAUUCAUACUUUCAUACGUUUACUCACCUUACUCUCUAACCCACCCUCAGCUUAUUCUCUCAACCCUCACGUCUACCCACCCUAGCUAUCUCCAACCACCUCACUUACUCUCCACCCUCAGCUUAUUUUCAGCCCUCAGCUUACUCUCUCAAACCCCCUCAGUUAUCUCUCAACCCACCUCAGGUUAUUCCCAACCACCCCAGCCCUCAGCUUACUCCAAAACCCACCCUUCAGGUUACUCUCCCAACCCACCCACAGGUUAUUCUCACAACCCACCUCAGCUUACUCCUCAAAACCCACCCUCAAGCUACUCAAGAACAGCGUCAGCUAUUCUCAAACCCAAAGCAGAAGCUUACUCCCCAACCACCACAGCUAUAGAAAACAGAGAGAACAGUUACUCUAGCCAAAACCACCCUAGCUUAAAGAAAGAACCCAGCCUGCAGUUACUUUCCAACCCACCUACAGUUACCUCAACAAGACAAGUUAUUCUCCCAACCCAGCCACAGUUACUCCAACCCACCCUAAGCACCUGCAAAAGCCACGCUGACCCAACGGACGAUCACAUCGACAAAGACUCACCCACACACGACAGUACGCGGACACAAGCAACAAACAUCCGCCCACAAGACCCACCGAGACACUCCGCCACUAAGAAGAAGCCAAGCCAAGAGAGCGGAGCCACAUCACCCACCACAACUCGCAAGAGCAACCAAAGCGCAACGCCCACGUCACAAGCACAGCCCGCCACAACCAGACAACUCCGCCAGAAAACGAACAGAAGAGGAAUAAAAAGAGCGCCACACAAGACAAGGAAACGCCAGAGCACCACAUAA